AUGUGUGAUUUGUUAGAGCUGGUGGUGGCUCAGCAGCUGGAGGACAGUGUCUGCACCUGCUUUUGGACAGUGCUGGGGAAAAAGGGCACAAUUCGAAGGAUCAUUAUUGAGAAUCCUGAUCAGGAGCCACUAUCCCCUUUCCUUAGAGGGGGAAAUUUCUGCCCUGGAAAUAAUGUCAUCUAUGAGAAGACAAUAAGAAAAUAUGAGCUACUAAAUCCCCUCCAAGAGAAGCAGUUCCAGCUGUCCCACGUGUGCCAGCAGGACCAGUGCCAUGCUCAGCCCUGCACACACGCUGAGCAGACCCAGGUCACCCAGCAGUGCCAGCAGACACAGACCAGUAGCCCAUGUGAGGUGUUCCCGGUGUCGGGGAGUGAUGACUGCAGAGGUCACACCGUGAGGAGGGUGAUGGUGCAAACCUGUGAGCCGGUGAGCUGCUCCCAGGAGAGCCCUGACCAGCUGGACUGCCGUUACUUCGGGGAGCUGCUGGCUGAGCUGCACCGCAAGAGCAACGACCUGUACACCUGCCUGCUGCAGCACGUGGAGAAGAUAGGAGGAAGGUACUGGACUGAAGAUAUUGAAGAAUUAAUUCCCAAAGGACUGUCUGAGGCCACCAAGCAGCAGAUUCGUUACCUCCUCCAGACCAGAGCAACAUCAGAUAAAUCUCUGAGACUCGUGCUUUCCACCUUCAGAAACCUGCGUGAGGAGCUCUGCCACUUGCAGGAUGACCUGGGGAAGCUGGAAACUGACAACGUGUUGCUGAGGAAGGAUUUGGCUUUUAAGGAUGCUCAAGUAAAAGAAUAUGAAACUCUGUUGGCUUCUCUGAGGGAGAACAAUCGUCAGCAGCAGCAAGGGCUGAGGGACAGCACUGCCAGGUGCCGCUCCCUGGAGGAACAGCUCCUGUCCCUGCGGCUCAGCGAGGGCGAGAAGGACUGUCAGCUGAAGGAGCUGGAGUAUGGCAAGAGGGCCCUGGAGCAAGAGAUCCAGAGCCUCAAGCUGCAGGUACGAGAGAGCUGCUCCAGCCCAGCCCUGCAGACCACCACGGACGAGCUGUCGAGCAGGUACGUGGAGAUGAUCAACAACCUGAGGGACGACAAGGACCGCGAGAUCCGCAGCCUCAGGUCACAGCUCUGCCAAUUCCAGCAAGAUAUAUCCAGGAGAGAGGGAAGCAACAGUGACUUGCAAAUGAGGCUGCACGAACUGACAGCGAUGCUGGAGGACAAAGACACUUGUAUUAAGCAACAGCAAGAGGAGCUCUUCAGACUGAAGCACGAGAAGCUGUCAGGCAGUCAGUCCCCUGGUGUGACAGCCAUCAUCACUAAGAAGUACAGGAAUCAGUAUCCUAUUCUGGGGCUCCUGUCGGAUGACUACAAGGUCACAUCACCUGUCAAUAAAUCACAGACUAUUGUCAUUGAGAGGACUGGAGAGAUAUGGAAACAUGAAUGA